CCGUUCUGAUAAACUGUUCCGCGCCGCCGCAACCCCACCUGCGGCCGCCGGCGGAUUAUUUCGCCGGAGCAACAGCGAUCCGUGCGCGCUCUCACCUCUCCACGCUACCGCAGACGAUCCAUUUUCUAAAAUUGGAGCUGAAUUGAGUACACACGGAUUGAUUUCUUCUUCAAGUGGCAAUGGAUCCGAAGGGUCUUGACACCGAGAAGUCGGCAAGUAGGCUCUAUGUGGGGAAUCUGGAUUUUAGGAUAUCAGAGUCUGACGUUAUCAAGAUGUUCUCCCCCUAUGGCAAGAUUGUAGCUGAGGACUUCCUAUUGCACACACGUGGCCCGAAGCGGGGCGAGCCCCGUGGUUAUGCCUUUGUUCAGUACACUACCAAAGAGGAAGCUCAGUUGGCAAAGGAAAAGAUGAAUGGCAAGUUAGUCCGUGGACGUCCUGUGGCGGUUCACCUGGCAAGUGAUAAGUGUUUCCUAGACUCUGGUAAUUCAGAGAGAGCGCUGAAAGACAAAAAACUGGCUGGCGGCUCAGGAAGCAAAUCCGCACAAACUGAUCGUGCUGCAAAGAUAUCUGCUAUAAAAAACAAGUUGAAGUCUCUAGAGAAUGAGGGAUCUAGCACAAAAAGACCCAAGACUUUAGCUAGAUGACUUGAAAAGUGCCAGCGAACAAUCUGAUAAAAAACUUUGAAGUGAAUUUAGUCAGCGUGUUGUGAACAAUACCCUAUUAUGCUGGUUUCAUUGGUGAUGGUGCUGCAGCUGUAAUACUUAAGCUUUACUAAGUUAGGCAAUCCGUGGUUGUAAAAUUACACAGUUCAUCAGAUUUGUACAACAGUUUGUAGCAAUCACCAAUGUCCAAGUAACAAUUAAGUGGUAAUGGAGAAACCAUUUUCCAAUCCAA